GUGUGUCUAACCGUCUGACGAGUCGUUUGUUUUAAAACAAACUAUUGACUCAAUUGUUGUUUUGUUUUGUAUAAUAGUUAGUGAAGUGUCACAAACAAGAAGUCACAACAAAGUCUGUCUGUGGUGUUGUCACCCAAAACACUUGACAUCAAAUUUUGUGGAUCAACUCUCUUGUUGUUGUUGUUGUUGGUAUUCAGUGGUCAACACAACCACUACUUGACUAUUACCCGUCAAAUGACAUGAUCACUCGUGAACGACACUAUAAUAAGUCAGCCGAAGAUAUUUAUAUCUAUAUAUAUAACGGACAAACCAAUCGAUGCAUCGCUUUGUCAGAUAAACAACAACACCGACGAAGAAGAAGAACAACAACCGCUAUUUGUGUCCAUCACAUAUGUGAAGACUACUGCCACUAAUUGGAUCCAUUGAUAAACCCAUUGACAACCCAUACAAGUCAAAGAAGUUUUCUGAAUCAAAAAUUGGUGACAAAUUUUUUUUGGUUGUUUUUGCGCCCAAAACUUGAAUGUUGUUUAUCACAUAAAAAAGUCUUUGACAUAACAUUUAGGUUUGUUAUCGCAAGAAGUGUUUAACACAAAAAAACGAAACAAAUUUGUUUGAUUGAUAUAAUUGUUUCAAACAUUUUGGUUACACAACUAACUAACUAAUCAAUUGCUUGUGAUUUACUUAAGACAACUGACUGUCUGUCUUGUCUUUAAACGACUCUUUUGUGUCCAAUAAAAGUCCAAAUUUAUUGAUCGGUUUAUUGCUAUUUAAUGAAAACAAGUUGUUGUCGACAAGUUGUUUAACUAAAUAGAUCCACAAUUAUGUUUUCGACGGCAAGUUCUCAACAAAACGGCAAUUCAUUGCACCAUUUAUCGGCCGACUGUGGCCUCAAUGGUUCGGCAUCGGCCGCCACUUGGCCACUACUGUCGACAGCUGGUGCCGACCCGUAUGGCCUCAAAUUGCAUCACUAUAACGACUUUCUGGUGAUGGCAACUCUACCAACUCAUUCAGCCAACGAUCCAUUGAAUCAUUUGUCACAAUCGGCUAAUGGUUCGGGUGCUCAACAAAAGGACACAACAUUUACAAAGAUAUUUGUCGGCGGACUUCCCUAUCAUACGACCGAUAAGUCUUUGAGACAAUUUUUCGAGUCUUUUGGUGACAUCGAAGAAGCCGUUGUUAUAACCGAUAGACAGACCGGCAAAUCGCGAGGAUAUGGAUUUGUUACAAUGGCUGACAGGGAAUCGGCCGAACGGGCAGUAAAAGAGGCCAAUCCUAUAAUCGAUGGACGAAAAGCUAAUGUAAACCUCGCAUACUUGGGGGCCAAACCACGGACUAACAUACAAAACGGUUUUUCAUUUCCCAUUCGGAGCGGAUAUCCAGCAGUAAUACCUCCCGUCGGCGGACAGUUUGGCCUUCCAGCGCACCAUUAUGUAUACCAUACGGCCACCACUCCCUCCUAUAUUCCCGGAGCGCCGAGUCUAUUGUUGCCACCGACAACAGCAGCCCUAUCUCCGACUCAUUUUUAUGACUACCCAACGGGCGCCUAUCCGCCAGCGCCAUACGCCACGGCUGUUACUAAUGGUUUUGACGCUUACCCUCCAUUUCACGCGACACACACUCAUCAAAGCGGUCCAAUAGGACCGGCAGCUGUUGCCGCUGCUGUAGCCGCGGCUUCCAAUGGUGCUAACGGUACUACUGGUUCAGCUCAUUCAGCGAGUCAUCAUCCGUUCAAUGCAUUUUCAACUCUGUCCGCGGCGGCGGGCAAUGCAAUUACUACCAAUGGAUCGGUGGUCACAACCGGAGCCAACUAUUUAGCGGCCACUGUUACGCCUACCAAUUCGGUCUCAUAUAUAUCGGACGCAAGGAUGCAAUGAAUCAGUGCCUCAACAAACAAAAUAAUUAUGUUUAUAUCAAUAUAUAUUAU